UGGUAACACUGUCAUAUAAAUGAAACGAAAGUGCUUGUGAUGAGUUAAAGUGUCGAUAGGUCAAUUUUCUACAGAAAUUAGCCAGAAUCUUCAGGUAUCUACAAAAUAUACUAAAUAAUUACCCUCGCAUGUGAGGGUACUAUGUGGUGGUGCUGUUCUUCUUCCGCUAGUUCAGGACCGAUGGCUGCGAUACGUAAAAAAUUAGUGAUUGUGGGUGACGGAGCUUGCGGUAAAACAUGCCUGUUGAUCGUAUUUAGUAAAGAUCAGUUUCCGGAAGUGUAUGUGCCGACAGUAUUCGAAAACUACGUUGCCGAUAUUGAAGUAGACGGAAAGCAAGUAGAGCUCGCUUUAUGGGAUACAGCCGGCCAAGAGGAUUACGAUCGGCUGCGGCCACUCUCAUAUCCGGAUACUGAUGUGAUCCUGAUGUGCUUCUCAGUGGACUCGCCAGACUCGCUUGAGAACAUCCCUGAGAAGUGGACGCCAGAAGUUAAGCAUUUCUGCCCCAAUGUGCCUAUCAUCCUGGUUGGCAAUAAGAAAGACCUGCGUAAUGACCCGGCCACAAUCAAUGAGCUGCGUAAGAUGAAGCAGGAGCCGGUCAAACCUCAGGAAGGUCGUGCGAUGGCUGAAAAGAUCAACGCUUUCGCGUAUCUUGAGUGUUCCGCUAAGAGCAAGGAGGGUGUUCGCGAGGUGUUUGAAACAGCAACCCGUGCUGCAUUACAAGUCAAGAAGAAGAAGAAGACGAGGUGUUCUCUGCUGUAAUUGUGCUGUUGUCGCAAGAACUCUGAUUAUGAAUUGUUCGCAUACUGCCUGAAACUUAAGUUUGAAAUGACUCGAACUCUGCAGCAGUCGCGGCGUCGGCCACACAGUGCUUCCUCGAUACUGACCCGACGAUGUCGCGCCGCGCAUAGCACGCACACCCACUCAGUAUUCGUGUGGCUAUAUUUUCACAAUCGGUACUUGUAUAUUUUAUAAUAAUCUAUAAAUAAGCGUAAUAAUUGCCUUAACAGAGUAGUCGAGGGGCGAGGCGGGCCCUCUUUGGGCUCACUACAAAUUUGUGCUAUACUAUCAUGUUAUAUAAUCAAGUAGCAUUUCUUUAACUAAUAGAUUUUAUUCCUCGACCGGUGUCGUCUCAGCGAGACUUAUUGUUUAGUUUGGUAUUUUGUAUUUUAAUUUUUCAAUAAAAUAGUGUAUAAAUUA